GGAGGUAAAAAAAUAUCUUGACUUCAUUUAUCGUCGUUUAGGUCCUAAUUAUAUCGUGAUGAUUGCAACACUUGUCUUGGAAUCGCAAUUAGUAUGACCAGACAACUUUGCAUUAGUAAACAUUAAACAUGGAAGAAUUUUACCCUGCAACAGGAUCGUAAACCAAAACAGCAAGGUGAUUUGACUUGAUUGGCUGAAAUGCUGAUGAUGAAUAAUCUAAUAAUAAAGAGCUCAAUUGCCUUUAUGCUGAUCUUUUCUUGUAGCUCAGCAGAUGAUGUUCCAGCAGAUGUUCCAGCAGAUAUUUGUGAAAUUAUAAAUGCAGAUAAAAUUCCUUUGGAUUCACCUAAAUCUUUACAGGAAAUUAGUAAACAUAUAUUUAAAUCUCACCUCCCAAAACUUGGAGCAGAUUCUGGAAAUUUUACUAAGGUAGAGGUUGACGCCAAUGGCUGGGAAAAUUGCCUCGGACUAUGUUGUAACAUAGACAAUUGUGAUGUUGCAUUUUUCACGUUAUCCAAGUGUUUCCACAUUCAUUGUAAGGAUAUUGACAGCUGCCAGCCAGUUCCUUCUGAUGCUCCCAAGCAUAAUGAUACGUACAUGAUCAUCCGAUAUCUGAGAGACUCUGACCCCUCCGUUAUACCCACACCAACCCCCACCGAUGCAGUGACCCAGCGUCCAAUUCUCACCACCCGCAGUAAGCUGGUGGGUGACCCCUGCGAGCCCGGGCACUUCCAGUGUGUCCAGAACGCCAUCUGCCAGAAGACAACAUCUGACCUGCUCGGGGAGUGCCGGUGUACGGAAGGUUUCUCGCAGACUUCAGGCAGAACAUGCGACCCAGAUAAUCUCAUCAAGCACGAUGUUACCCCCAGAUACCCCGGGCCCAACAGAG